UAAAAGCGUAAGCAUUCUGUGGCUUUGGAUUCUUCUGGCAAAUCGUGCCUGCCAGCUUUCACUUGGGUAUGGCUAAAUAAGUAGAAUAAUAUAUCGAAUAUCAACAUUUUAACGACAAAAAAGCUUGGAAUCACCAUUUCCGUUCAAAUCCCAGUCACAAUGGUGGAGAAAUGGAGAAGAGUUUUGGUGUUUGUAUGGUUGAUUCUGUGCAUUUUGGAAUGGAAACCCUCUUGCAUCAAUGCUGCUACAAAUCCCAACGAUACUUCUGCUUUAAAGACCAUGUACAGCAGUUUAAAUUCACCUGGUCAGCUCAACCAGUGGGCUGGCGAUGAUCCAUGUGGGCAGUCUUGGAGAGGAGUUACUUGCUCAGGCCAGCGAGUCACAGAAAUCAAAAUAUCAGAUCUUGGUCUCACUGGACAAUGGGGUUGGCAGCUCUCAAGUUUGACCUCGGUAACCAACCUAGAUAUGAGCAAUAAUAAUCUUGGAGGUGACAUUCCUUAUAAUAUUCCCCAAAACUUGCAGCGAUUAAAUCUUGAAAACAAUCAAUUUACUGGAAGUCUCCCUUACUCCCUUUCCCAAAAGACUUCCCUUAAGUACAUAAAUCUAGCUCACAAUAACCUUCAGGGUCAACUAAAUGACAUUUUUGGACAACUUUCUUCUCUCUCUACAUUGGAUCUCUCUUCCAAUUCUCUGACAGGUAACCUGCCUGAAAGUUUUAGUUCCCUCUCAAGUCUGAGCUCACUGUAUUUGCAGAACAAUCAGUUUACUGGUCCUAUUAAUGUUCUUGCCAAUCUACCGCUUGAUAAUCUGAACAUCGCAAAUAACCAUUUCACAGGCUGGAUUCCUGAACAGUUGAAAAACAUUAAUUUACAGAAGGAUGGUAACUCAUUUAACUCUGGACCAGCCCCUCCACCUCCACCAGGUACACCUCCAGCCAGCAAAAAUAGCCCAAAACACAAAGACAGUGGUGAUAACAGCUCAUCAAAUAGCGGUGGUAGCAGCAAAUCAGGAAUAGGGGGUGGUGGCAUAGCAGGGAUACUGAUUUCCAUAAUUGUUGUUGGGGCAAUAAUAGCAUUCUUUUUGGUGAAAAGAAGAUCCAGGAAGUCAUCUUUGGAUAUAGAAAAGCUUGAUAAUCAGCCCUUUGCUCCCCUUGCUUCUAAUGAAGUACAAGAAAUGAAGUCUAUACAAACUUCCUCUGCAAUCAACACGAAAACCUUUGAAACUUCUGCCUCGAUAAAUCUGCGACCCCCUCCAAUUGAUCGUCAUAAAUCAUUUGAUGAAGAUGAUUUUUCAAAGAAGCCCAUUGUUGUCAAGAAAGCUAUUACAACUCCCACAAAUGUGACAGCAUAUUCAAUAGCUGACUUGCAGAUGACUACUGGAAGCUUCAAUGUCGAAAACCUUCUUGGUGAGGGCACUUUUGGACGUGUUUAUCGAGCACAAUUUGAUGAUGGGAAGGUUCUUGCUGUGAAGAAAAUAGAUUCAUCUGCUUUUCCCAGUGAAAUGUCCGAAGAUUUUCCAGAGAUUGUCUCAAACAUCUCUGAGUUGCAUCAUCCAAAUGUAAUGGAGCUGGUGGGUUACUGUUCAGAGUAUGGACAGCACCUGCUAAUCUAUGAGUUCCUUAAAAAUGGGUCCCUGCAUGACUUCCUGCAUCUAUCAGAUGAAGACAGCAAACCUCUGAUAUGGAACACCCGUGUUAAGAUUGCUCUUGGGACUGCACGUGCAUUGGAGUACCUGCAUGAAGUUUGCUCCCCAUCAAUUGUCCACAAAAAUAUUAAGUCAGCCAAUAUAUUACUGGACACCGAGCUCAAUCCUCACCUUUCAGACUCUGGCAUGGGCAGCUUUAUGCCUAAUGCAGAUCAGUUGUUGAACAAUAAUGCAGGUGCUGGAUACGGUGCACCUGAGGUUGCCAUGUCUGGUCAAUAUACCAUAAAAAGUGAUGUCUAUAGUUUUGGGGUUGUCAUGUUGGAGCUUCUUACUGGACGUAAACCAUUUGACAGUUCAAGGCCAAGAUCUGAGCAAUCUUUGGUUCGAUGGGCAACACCUCAGCUGCAUGACAUUGAUGCACUUGCUAAAAUGGUCGAUCCAGCUCUCAAAGGGCUCUAUCCAGUCAAAUCUCUCUCCCGGUUUGCAGAUGUCAUUGCUCUUUGUGUCCAGCCGGAGCCAGAAUUUAGACCCCCAAUGUCAGAAGUGGUACAAGCAUUGGUUCGGUUAGUUCAGCGAGCUAACAUGAGCAGAAGAACAAUUGGAAAUGAGCAAGGAGGAUCCCAGCGAGGCGACAAUCAAGAUACACAGGAUUACAUGUCUUAGAUAAUUUUGCUCUGUUAUGCUAUGGUUCUUAUUUACAUUUACUGUGGAACAUAAUCCUACUUCUCUUAGUUAGUCCUUUUGCUGCUGUGCCAUAUGAUACCCAGUUGUUUCCAUGUGUUAAUAAUAUGUUACAUGAUUGAACAACUUCUACUUCUGACUCUGCUCAAUACUCAAUAAUUGCACCUUCAUUCA